AUGAAGAUUUGGUGCUGCUUGUGCUUCACUUUUGACGACGAAGUAGGACAAUAUACCAAAGGAUAUUGUGAAGCCAUGAGAGACGCCGCUCUUAAGAAUGACAGCCACUCCAGAGGUGUUGGCAUUGGGGCUAACGGCGAGGAUCCUGGGGAAGCUGCACCAACAUUCGACUAUGACAUGCUGGACACUCAUGAUCGGGACGGGACGAGGUUGUUUGAAGAGAUGAUUAGAGCGGCGGAGGGGGGUGAGGCGGCUGGCGAGUCGGUUAACGCGCCGCCUUCUGACGAUGGUAUCGCUAUUCCGGUUGCCUUGAGGAGGAGCACUCUUAGGUUUGCGCAGAGGCUUCGGGGUGAGACUAGUGGUACGGCCACAACAGUCGUCGCGGAGGUUUCUGGAAAUGUUGUGGAAGACUGUAACAGGGAUUGGCAUAGCAAGCGUGCCAAAGUUUACUCUGGUUCUCAUGAUUGCCAAUAUGUCACAGUGAUGUCUCCAGAUGCUGGCCAUUCUAAUUCUUCAGAACCCAUGGACUCCAACUUUACCCAGAGUCACGGUGUUCCAUCGGGGGAUGCGAUAGUUUAUCAUAAUUUCAUAUGGAAUAGCAGCAAUGAUGAAACUUCCUUUGGUUCCAAUGGUGGUGGAGAUGGUGGAGAUGAGAGUGGCCCUUCUAAGUCAGACGAUCUUGAAAUUAGAAUGGAUCUUUCAGAUGAUCUUUUGUAUAUGGUCUUUUCUUUCUUGGGUCAUGUUGAUCUUUGUCGAGCUGCAAUGGUUUGUAAGCAGUGGAGAACAGCUAGCACACAUGAAGAUUUUUGGAGAUAUUUGAAUCUGGAGAAUCGCAAUGUAACAUUAGAACAAUUUGAGGAUAUGUGCCAUCGGUACCCAAAUGCAGUGGAGGUGAAUCUUCAUGGUGCUCCUGCUCUCCACAAUCUUGUCAUGAAAGCAGUUUCAUCAUUAAGAAACCUCGAGACUUUGACUUUGGGAAGAGGACAGCUGGGAGAUCCAUUUUUUCAUGCUCUGGCAGAAUGCAACUUGUUGAGGAGUUUGAAUGUGAAUGAUGCUACCCUGGGCAAUGGUAUGCAGGAGAUACCUAUAAACCAUGACAGAUUGCAACAUCUUCAGCUUAUCAAGUGUCGUGUCCUGAGGAUAUCCAUCAGGUGUCCAGAGCUUCAAACAUUGUCUCUGAAGCGCAGCAACAUGGGCCAAGCUGUACUGAGUUGUCCCCUUCUGCAUGCCCUUGAUAUUGGAUCAUGUCACAAGCUUUCAGAUGCGGCAAUUCGCUCAGCUGCAAUUUCAUGCCCACAACUGGAGUCCUUAGACAUGUCAAAUUGUUCUUGUGUCAGUGAUGAGACAUUACGUGAGAUAGCCCAAACUUGUGCUAAUCUCCAUAUUCUUGAUGCUUCUUACUGUCCGAACGUAUCUCUAGAGUCUGUAAGGCUCCCACUGCUGACUGAACUCAAGCUUCAUAGUUGUGAGGGUAUCACUUCGGCUUCAAUGGCUGCAAUUUCUUAUAGUUACAUGCUGGAGGUCUUGGAGCUUAACAAUUGCAACUUACUGACUACUGUUUCAUUGGAUCUUCCUCGUUUGCAGAGGAUAAGCUUAGUACAUUGUCGCAAAUUUGUUGAUCUGAAUCUAAGAAGUGUGACUCUAUCUUCUAUUAUGGUGUCUAAUUGCCCAUCACUCCAUCGUAUCAGCAUAACUUCCAAUUCACUGAAAAAAUUAGCGUUGCUGAGGCAGGAAAACCUUACUACUUUGGCUUUACAAUGUCAAUGUCUCCAAGAGGUUGACCUCACUGAUUGUGAAUCAUUAACCAAUUCUAUUUGUGAGGUAUUUAGUGAUGGUGGGGGGUGUCCAAUGUUGAGAUCAUUGAUUCUGGAUAAUUGCGAGAGCUUGACGACAGUAAGAUUCUGCAGCACAUCUUUGCUCAGUCUUUCUCUAGUUGGUUGCCGCGCUAUCACUUCUCUUGAUCUGAUAUGCCCCUGUCUUGAGAAAGUAUGUUUAGAUGGUUGUGAUCAUCUGGAGAGAGCAUCCUUUUGUCCUGUUGCUCUUAGGUCUCUGAACUUGGGAAUAUGUCCCAAGUUAAGCACCCUGAGAAUCGAAGCCCCCUCCAUGGUGUCCUUGGAGUUGAAAGGCUGUGGUGUACUAUGUGAGGCAUCCAUCAAUUGCCCUCUUUUGACUUCCCUUGAUGCUUCAUUCUGCAGCCAACUUAAGGAUGACUGCUUGUCUGCAACUGCUGCAUCCUGCCCGUUGAUUGACUCAUUAAUCCUCAUGUCUUGCCCCUCUGUUGGCUCUGAUGGGCUUUACUCCUUGCGCUGCCUUCCCAAUUUGACUGUGCUGGACCUGUCCUACACCUUUUUGAUGAAUCUGUUGCCUGUUUUUCAGUCUUGUUUGCAGUUAAAGGUACUUAAAUUACAAGCUUGCAAAUAUCUGACUGACGAUUCCUUGGAACCACUCUACAAGGAAGGUGCUCUACCUAUGCUCCAAGAGCUGGAUUUGUCAUAUGGGACCCUUUGUCAGUCUGCAAUAGAGGAUCUUCUUGCCUGCUGUACUCACCUUACACAUUUAAGCUUGAAUGGAUGUGUGAAUAUGCAUGACCUAAAUUGGGGUUGUAGCAGUGGUCAAGUGACAGAGUUGCCAACUGUUAAUAGCCCACGUGCUUCUUUUUCACUUGAGGAUAACUAUGCAGCAAUCGAGCAGCCGAACCGGUUGUUGCAGAACCUCAAUUGUGUUGGUUGUCGUAAUAUUAGAAAAGCCCUUAUCCCACCAAUGGCGCGUUGCUCUCAUUUGUCGUCGUUUAACCUUUCUUUGUCUACCAAUUUGAAGGAAGUUGAUAUUGCGUGUUUGAACUUGGGUGUUCUGAAUUUAAGCAAUUGUUACGCUUUGGUGAUACUGAAACUCCAGUGUCCCCGAUUGACGAGUUUAUUUCUUCAGUCCUGCAACAUCAACGAAGAAGCUGUUGAAGCUGCUAUUUUUCAGUGUAAUAUGCUUGAGACUCUUGAUGUACGCUUUUGCCCAAAGAUAAUCUCAAUAAGCAUGGUCCGGUUGCGAGGAGCGUGCCCAAGUCUAAAGCGGGUAUUCAGCAGCCUACUGUCAACUUCUUGA